UUUUAAUGUAAGUUGUAACUUGUAAAUUGUAAUACACUUAGUAAAAUAAUAAUAUGAUUUAAGUACCUACUGUUUGGAAUUUAAGUUGUUUCGAGAUUUUUGUUGUGUUCGUUGAUUUAUCUUAAUACUGUUUUUUUUCAAUAACUUAGUUCAAAAAGUUUAUUUAUAAUUUUUUUGGUAGUAAUCCAAUCAGAAGUAUAACUUGAUAUGAUAUUAAUUUUACAACAUGUCUAACAAACGAGUGUUUUAUUUCUACAAUCCGGACGUGGGUAAUUUCCACUAUGGUCCUGCACAUCCGAUGAAACCUCAUCGGUUGUCUGUCAUACAUAGUCUAGUGUUGAAUUAUGGCCUUUACAACAAAAUGAAAAUUUAUCGACCUUACCGUGCAAGUGCUCAUGACAUGUGUCGUUUCCAUCACGAUGAAUACAUAGAAUUUCUUCAAAGGGUAACACCACAAAAUCUCACCACAUACAGCAAAUACUUGAACCACUUUAAUGUGGGCGAAGACUGUCCCGUGUUCGAAGGUCUGUACGAUUUUUGUUCAAUGUAUACCGGAGCUUCGUUGGAUGGAGCAAUGAAACUUAAUAAAAACGUCUGCGACAUUGCAAUAAACUGGUCAGGCGGACUUCACCAUGCUAAAAAAUUUGAAGCAUCAGGUUUCUGUUAUGUAAAUGAUAUUGUUAUAGCAAUUUUGGAACUGCUAAAAUAUCAUCCAAGAGUUUUGUAUAUUGACAUUGAUGUACAUCAUGGUGACGGUGUACAAGAAGCCUUUUAUUUAACGGACCGCGUUAUGACGGUAUCAUUUCAUAAAUAUGGCAAUUGGUUUUUCCCUGGAACCGGUGAUAUGUAUGAAAUCGGCGCUGACGUAGGACGAUAUUAUUCUGUAAAUGUGCCGCUCAAAGAAGGAAUUGACGAUUUGAGUUAUUCACAGGUAUUUAAACCAGUAAUUCAACAUGUAAUGGAUUUGUAUCAACCUACAGCAAUUGUUCUUCAAUGUGGUGCUGAUUCUCUAAAUGGUGACCGUUUAGGUUGUUUUAAUCUCAGUACCAAAGGUCAUGGUGAAUGUGUCAAAUUCAUUAAAGACUUAAAUGUACCAUUAUUGACUGUUGGUGGAGGAGGGUACACGUUAAGAAACGUUGCUCGUUGUUGGACGUAUGAAACCUCACUUCUGAUAGACGAAGAAAUAAGUAAUACAAUACCGGAACAUGAAUAUCGGGAUUACUUUGCUCCAGAUUUUUUGCUUCAUCCUGAAGUUGUUACGCGACAAGAAAACGCAAACAGUAAACAGUACUUGGAACUUAUCGUAAAGCAUACUUAUGAUAAUUUAAAAAUGGUACAGCACUCCCCUAGCGUUCAAAUCCAAGAUGUACCUGGUGAUGCGAUUGAUGCUGAAGAGGCAAAUGCUAUUGCUUUAGACGAAGCUGAUCCCGAUGUACGGCAAUCUCAAGUGGAACUCGAUAGGCGCGUUGACGCUCCUAAUGAAUUUUAUCAAGAUGAUAAAGAUCAGGAUUUUGAAGAGACUAGAUAAAAAAUUAUUUGUAUUUAUUGAAAAUUUGUGUAUCACAUGUACUGUUUUUAUAUAUUGAUAAUUCUAACUGUGAUUUUUUUUUAAAAACCUUUUUUAGUGUAAGGAAUAAGUGCUCGAAACAUUAUUAUAGUUAAUUAUUUAACUACAAUAUUCUUUCAAGCACUGUACAAUUUUAUUCUUAGUAACUUUUUUUUAUGUUGACAACUUUUUCAUGAAUAUUUGGAUAAUACAAAUGCUACCUUUGUCAUGGUAUAGUGGCAGUAUAAUUGUUUAAUUAAUAAGAUAUUUUUGAUAAUUGUGCGUUUAAUAAAAUAAUAAUGUCAUUUAAAGAUAAAGAAUUAUUAAAAUAACAUAAUAGUGCAUGAAUAAUAUUCAAUCAAUAUAUUAUUUUUAUAGUUUUAUGUUUUAAAAUAAUUGUAACCUA